GCGAAUGGCCUGGUGGCCGACGUGGAGCUUGGAUGGCGGAGGCCGAGGUGCUCCGGCUGCGGGAACUCAACCUGGCGCUUCUGAAAAAGCUGACGGCUGGGCAGGAGACCGUGCGGCGCUUGGUGGCGAAGGCGCAGGCCGCCACGGGGCCAAGCGUGGACAGCAGCAGCGGCUGCACCUCAGAGGCGCCUUCGUCCCGAGAGGUUUCCUCAGUGUCGCUGGUCCCCUCCUCUCCAGAGGAAGCCCACCCGGGCGAUGCCAGUCAGAGAUCCAGGCCUGGCAGCGCCAGCCCUGAGACGAGUCCUCUUCCACCUGCUGAGCACCCAUGCCAGGAGUCCCCGUGUCCCGGGACACUCCACUCCACCCCCUCGGUGUCCGCCGCAGACUCAAAAGCACCAGAGUCCUCUGAGUCCGAGGAUUUGGGGUUCCUGGAUGCUCGGGCUCACCAGAGCCACCCUCUCCAGGGCGUGACCGACCACACGGGACCCCCAGUCCCAGAGAGUAGCUGGCGCCUGCGACCGUACCUGGGCUAUGACUGGAUUGCAGGGUCACUGGACAUCAGGUCCCCAGUCAGCAGCAAACCGGAAAUCUUCUUCUCAAAGCUGCAGGAGUUCCGGGAGGCGAACCAGGAGGACUGCUUUGGCCACUUGCACGAGUCCCCGUUUGCAGGUGUGCCGGCACCCGGUAACAUCGAGGGGGACCACGAGUGCAUCUAUUGCUACCGAGUCAACCGGCGCCUGUUCCUGGUGCCAUCGGACCCCGACAGCCCCUGUCGUCUGUGUCGGAAGCCACGGGGCCAGGGGGACCCCGGCACGGAGGUGAAGCCAGUGCAGGUCAGGGUGAGCAUCCCCAUGUCGGCCCUCGACCCCCCGCACCGGCCCCGCAUCCACCGGCGGAAAAGCUUUGAUGCCUCCGACACACUGGCGCUGCCCCGGCACUGCCUCCUGGGCUGGGACAUCCUCCCCAAGAAGCCUGAGCAGAGCUGCACCCCGAAGAGCCUAGACCUCUGGUCCUGCGUCCCCCCUGACGCGCAGCAUCAAAGGCUGCCCGCCGCCAGCUCGUCCUUGUGACCCUGCGCGUGAGAUCCAGGAGGGAGUGAGGCUGACCCCCAUUCACCAUGCAGGCCGACUGGGGUCCCGGCUGGGCACGCUGUAGUCAGAGAGGCCCAGCCCCUGUGGUACCCUGAGGACAGUGCCCGCUGCAGGGGUGCCACAGGGCAAGUCGUGCUCAGUGGGAGCU